CCUGAAAGAGAUUGAAAUUUCGCCGUCCUACGUUGCCUCUCUCUGUCUCUCUCUCUCUCUCUGUUGCUCGUUCUCUCGCUCUGGCUGCCUUGUUCGGUUCGGGUUCAGGUUCAGCACACACUGCGUAUACGUUACUCUGCCCAAUACCCCUGUGCCAUAUAUAAAGUGCAAACAGCCGCGAUGUUUGGCAUUCAUUGUUUGCACAAGGGAAGCUAAAGCUCGCGGAGGCCGAGCGCGACACCUAAACUAAAACAAACUAAAACCUAAAACCAAAACACACGCCAGGAUUAAUACGAAAAACAAUUACAUUAUAUCAAAUCACGUUAUUUUGUGAAUAUGUGUGUGUGAUUUAAUAAUAAAUUAGCAUUAUUUGCAACUGUCAAAGCUGUGAAGUGUUUCAGUUGCUCUGCUGGUGCGCACAAUCAAGAAAGAAAAUAAUACACAAAAAAAUAAAAGCAACAAUAAUAAAUAUAAAUACGUUGGCAAAUAAACAAACGCCGCAAAAGCAGCAACAACAACAACAACAACAACAGAAAUACCAAAGAAACGCGCGCGCCAAAAAGCAAAAAAAACAGAGCUAGGGAUUUUUCCUAUAUUUUUUUUCGAACAACAUUUUCUCACGCCUCACACAAGGAACCUCAAACAAAUAAAAAGAAAAGAGAGAAAACAAAAAUCAACUAUGGAGGUACAAAAUAUGCGCGAGCAGCCGCUGCUGCAGAGCAAACGCCACAUCCUUGACUCCAGAUGUGCGCUAAACGAUUUGUAUCCGAUCGCCCGUCUGACCCAGAAAUUGGACGUGCUCAAUAUGUCGUCGUCGACGUCGUCUGCCAAUUUGGACAAGGAAAGCCCCGUUACCAUUGAGCUGGUGCGUCCCGAGGAUACACCUGAAGUGCUGGCCAUGCUCAAGACUUUCUUCUUUAAGGAUGAGCCACUGAAUACAUUUCUGGAUCUCGGCGAGUGCAAGGAACUGGAGCAAUUCUCAGUGAAACCCCUCAAGGACAACUGCUCGUACAAGGCCCUCAACAAGAAGGGCGAAAUCAUAGGCGUCUUUAUCAAUGGACUCAUGCGACGGCCUUCACCAACUGAGCCGGCUGAUAAGUUGGCCGAUCCCUGCGAACAUCCCAAAUUCCAAAAGAUACUCAGCCUAAUGGAUCACUUAGAGGAGAAAUUCAACAUAUUUGAUUUGUAUCCCAAUGAGAAUUGCAUACUUGAUGGCAAAAUACUUUCCGUGAACAGCAAUUAUCGCGGCUGCGGCAUUGCCGGAAAGCUGACGGAACGUGCCUAUGAGUAUAUGCGAGAGCAUCAGAUCUCCGUUUACCAUGUGCUGUGCUCCAGUCACUAUUCGGCGCGCGUUAUGGAGAAGCUGGGCUUUCAUGAGGUCUACAAAAUGAAUUAUGCGGACUAUAAGCCGCAGGGUGCGGUCGUCUUUAAGCCGGCCCUGCCGCAUGUCGCUGCACGCGUCCUGGUCAAGGAGCUGGACCAGGAUAAGCCCAAGUCUGUGUUGUAAUUGUAAUGAGGCAAUUAUGCAUUUCAUAGAAAAUAUGUGAUUUUUAGUUUGUAGAUCGGUGGCGGGAUUUUUAAGUAUAUAUUCAAUCGAGAAUCGUUCGCUCAUUUUCAUUCUAUCUUUGUGCUUUCAACUUCUAAUUAGUAGAAAAAUAUACAAGUACAAGCUAUACAAA